UCCGCGGCUCGGGCCGUUUCACUUUUUGUUUUUCAUCCUUUACUAUCUAUCUUCAUGAUGAUGAUGAUGAUGAUGAUGAUGAUGGUCAAUUCUCUGUUGCUUAAGAGCUCUCUCUCUCUGCUUAAGGGAGCCCUUUUUGCAGAUCUACGGCUUAAUGGAUGGUUGAUCCAUCGGUUGCUUCCACCUAUCAUUACUCGAUUCGUCUGUAUAGCAAGGUGCCUGGAGCGAUGGUGUGCUUUCUUAGAGGUGUCCUUUCGUUUGUUGCUAGAAUGUUAUAGUAGUAAUUCUUGGUUGUCAUCCUUGGCAGGUGUCUGAAAUUAAAAUAGUACGGGGCUUGCGACAGUGAGGCUCUGUCAGGCAUUGAAUGUCUGCCACUAAUCUAAUGAUGCGUCCACUACUGCAUGGGCAUACAUUUAGUCGUAAACUAGUAGUGUGCACACCUGUGAGCAUCAUGUCGCAAG